AUGGAGCCUCCACGGGAGCAGACGGAUGAAGCAGAAGGACCGCCGCCACCUGCGCUGGCGAGGCGCUACGACGUGGCGCGGUCAUGUCUCCGGUGCCACGAGCGGAAGGUCCGGUGCGAUAAGGCGGUCCCGUGCUCAACCUGCCUCCGCGCCAAGACACCCUGCCGGUAUCCCGGCCCGGAGCGGGUCAAGCGCCGCUCUGCGAGACUGCCCGGGCCGAGGGCCGCACCCGGUCCGGGGUCACAGGAGCGAGCCACAGCUCCGGCCAAACUCGAGAGCACAUCCGCCGCAUCCACCUCCGCCUUGACGCCACCGGAGGGCAUUCUCGUAAAAGACGGCGGGUCGACACGGUACAUCAACGAGGUGCUGUUCUCGCGCGUCUUGGACCAGGAACGCGAGCUCCAGUCAGCCAUCGGCAGCCCAGCGAGCGCACGGGGCCCAGAGGAAUGGACCCCGACCCUGGGUUUCGACGGCCUCUUAUCGAACCCACGUCUGUCGGUGGAUGUGUCCUGCCUCUACCCGACACGCAGACAGGCCGCACAGCUAUGGCAGAUCUACCAGAACAACGUAGACCCCCUCCUGAAGCUACUCCAUCUUCCGACAAUGCAGCCCGUCAUCUUCGCGGCCAUCAAUGAUCCGGAGCACGUGCGUCCGGAUCUGGGUGCUCUACUCUUUUCCGUCUACUUUGCAGCCGUGACGAGCAUUUGCGCGGCCGAAGUGCAACUGCUGCUCGGUAUAGACCAGCAGUCGGCGCUCGCCAGAUUCCAGCGCGGUCUGGAAGUGCAUCUGCAUAACGGCUCCUUCCUGGAUGCGCCCACCAUCAUGUCGAUGCAAGCGAUGUCGAUCUACCUUAUGUGCCGUCGGUACUCCAGCGGCGGUCCGUCGGGAUGGACGCUGAACGGCCUGCUCAUCCGCGCGGCCCAGUGGAUCGGCCUGCACCGCGACGGGGAGCACUUCCACCUGCCGCCCUUCGACUGCGAGAUCCGCCGGCGGGUGUGGUGGCAGAUCCUGGGCUACGACGCGCGCGUCGCCGAGGACCACGGCCUGUCGACGAGCGGGUUCAGCGGGCUGUGCGACACGAAGCUGCCGCUGAACGUGGACGACCGCGACCUGCGGCCCGGGAUGGACGCGCUGCCGGCCUCGAAGCCGCAGUGGACCGAGAUGACCAUGUUCCUGGUGGCCGCCGAGAUGAACCAGGCGAUGCGGCAGGUGUCGCAGCUCUCGGUGGCCGUCCUCAACGGCAACGACAAGAUGGCCAGCCUGAAGCAGCUCCUGGCGGCCGUCAAGGCGCGCAUGGAGGUGCGCUACCUGCAGCACUGCGACGCCAACAUCCCGAUCCAGAAGGCGGCCCUGCUCCUGGGCCGGGUCCUGAUCAACAAGCUCGACGUCUUGGUGCGCCAGCAGUACCUGCGCGGGCUCGGCGCCGAGGAGGCCGCGGCCGCGGCCACGGAGGACACGCUGGCGCUGGCCUGCGACACCAUCGAGAUCGGCAUCGAGCUCAAGACGGACGAGCUGCUGAGCAACUACCGCUGGCUCUUCUCCACCUUCACCCAGUACCACCUCCUGACCUACGCGCUCUGGCAUCUGCGGGUCCGGCCCGAGGUGCCGUGCGCCGACCGCGCCUGGGAGGUGGUCGACCGGUCGUUCAGCAUGACCGAGGUGCCCGGCCAGUGGCCCAGCCUGGGCUCGAAAUGGAAUGUGCUACGCAAGCUCCGGGACAAGGCGCAGGCUGCCCGCGCCGCUCUUCUGAGGGCCAGAGACGCGCCGGUGGGAGUCACCGUGUCUGAGAAUGUGGACGUGGCGGAGGGCAAUGCUGGACAGGUCGGGGGAGAGACGGCGUUUGCGGACGCGGAUGGCAUGGCUUGGGAUAUUGACUCGAUUUGUUUCCCGAGUUUCCUCGGAUACCUGCCGGCGUUUGAGUGA